AUGAAGGCGCAGGAGGUAUCUGAUGAAUUACAAGCUUUGUUUACCGCAGCCAUCGAAGCCAGCUAUCUUACACGAAACCAAGGCGGAAUCGAACUCUGUGUCGACGCGUUGAAUAGGUUGAAGUCUGCGUCUCUCUCCGUCAGCGAUAUUCAACGAUUCUCUAAGUCAAUACUUCGGUUGGAGACUCUGAGAACUCAUAAAAGCCCUGAGAUCCGUGAAGUGUCUCAAUCCUUGUUCGAUUCGUGGUUGGCCACUCUCUACGGACAUGGAAGAAGAGACCAAUCUUUCAAGCCGAUUAAGACGACAGAGACGCUGCUUGCAAACACUGAACGGGACAUCAAAGAAUACAAAGAUGGUGGUAGUAAGGUGACAACCAAAACAUUGCUUCCUCCUCCGAGGAGAGUCGCUGCUUUCAAAAACCCUAAUUCCGCGGGGGAAACAGAGGAGAUGGUGGAGUUGUUCGAAGCGGCAAAGAAAGCUGCUGACGUGGCCAACGCUAAGGGUAUUCUCUCUGGCAAAACAGACGCGUCUCGCUGCGUUGAGGCUGUCUCGUUACUCAUGAAGAAGAACGCCACUCCGAAACCUAAUGAGCCAAGGAGGAUGGUUGAGAGGCUUCAGGGACUCACAAAGCACAAGGACCGUACGAUUUGCAACGCUGCAUCAGCCCUUCUUCAACUUUGGAGGCAGAGGAUCAGAGAACAAGAAACCAAAGCUGCAUACGCGGCCAGGGCUUCACAAGAGAACUUGCAAAGACGAGGAAACUAG